GGGACCCCUGCACAUCGCAGUGUGUGUGUGUGUGUGUGUGUAGAUGGCGUGGGCUUCUCUCCUCGCCGCACAGCAUCAUCACUCGGUUCACACCAACAGCCUCGUACGCAUCAUCAUCCUCAUCCUCCUCAUCACCAUCUCCGGGCUGAAGAGGGACCACAUCGCAGGAAUAAAGACGUAAAAAGAGCCUGUUGUCAGUCGACCAAUCUUCAGCUCGUGAGGUGUACCCUGAACAUACUGAAGCUUCAGGUGGCCUCUCCAUCUUUGAACACGUUUGCAUCUUCUGAACCUCUUUAAAAUGGAGGAAGGCUACCAAAACCGGACUGCCUUCAUAAAAGGCGCCAAAGACAUUGCCAAAGAAGUCAAGCGGCAGGCAUCUAAGAAGGUCGGCCGUUCAGUGGAUCGUGUGACCGAUGAGUACAGCAAGCGCUCCUACAACCGGUUUGAAGAGGACGGUGAUGACGAUGAUUACCCCACGCAGGGAAGCCAGGACGGGGGCUAUUACCGUGGAGACAGCCAGGCGGCCAACGAGGAUGAGGGCGGCCACAGUGACUCCACGGAGGGUCACGAUGAAGAUGAUGAGAUCUACGAGGGCGAGUACCAAGGAAUUCCCCGGGCCGAGUCAGGCAAGGGCAGCCUGGCUGGAGGUCCGGGCUCGGUGAGGGCCGGCGCUCAGCAGUUCACAGAUGUCGGAGUGUCCGAGGCUGAGAGGAGGAAGGACCAGGAAGAGCUGGCUCAACAGUACGAGACCAUUUUACAGGAGUGUGGCCAUGGGAGGUUCCAGUGGACCCUGUACUUUGUGCUGGGGCUGGCUCUCAUGGCAGACGGUGUUGAGAUCUUCGUGGUCGGGUUUGUCCUGCCCAGCGCUGAGAAGGACAUGUGCCUGUCUGAACCUAACAAAAGCAUGCUGGGUCUGAUUGUAUAUUUUGGGAUGAUGGUUGGUGCUUUCCUCUGGGGGGCUCUGGCUGACCGGAUAGGCCGUCGACAGUCUCUUCUCAUCUCUCUCUCCAUCAAUAGUAUCUUCUCCUUCUUCUCCUCCUUCGUCCAGGGCUACGGCACCUUUCUGUUUUGCCGACUCCUCUCAGGUGUUGGGAUUGGUGGCUCGAUCCCCAUCGUGUUUUCCUACUAUUCAGAAUUUCUGUCCCAAGAGAAGCGUGGCGAGCACCUCAGUUGGCUCUGCAUGUUCUGGAUGAUUGGGGGAAUAUAUGCAUCUGCCAUGGCCUGGGCUAUAAUUCCACAUUAUGGAUGGAGUUUCCAGAUGGGCUCGGCGUAUCAGUUCCAUAGCUGGCGUGUGUUUGUGUUAGUGUGCGCUUUUCCCUCUGUUGCAGCCAUCGCUGCCCUCAGCGCCAUGCCAGAGAGCCCACGCUUCUACUUAGAGAAUGGCAAACAUGACGAAGGCUGGAUGAUUCUGAAGCAAGUCCACGACACUAACAUGCGGGCAAAGGGACACCCGGAGAAGGUGUUUUCAGUCACCACAAUUAAGACGGUGAAGCAGAUGGAUGACUUGGUGGACAUUGGCACCGACACUCCGGUCUGGCAACGCUACAGGAUGAAGAUUAUGAGCCUCUCCCAACAGAUACGGAAUAACAUUCUUGCCUGCUUCAGCCCAGAAUAUAAACGGACGACGUUCAUGCUCAUGGCUGUUUGGUUUUCCAUGUCUUUCAGCUAUUACGGUCUGACGGUGUGGUUCCCAGACAUGAUCAAGUACAUCCAGAAGCAGGAAUACGAUUCACGCACAAAGACCUUCACCAAGGAACGAGUGGAGCAUGUCACUUUCAACUUCACACUGGAAAACCAAGUGCAUCUCCAAGGACACUACUUCAAUGACAAGUUCCUCAACCUGAAGAUGAAGUCCAUGGUGUUUGAAGACUCAGUGUUUGAGGAGUGCUACUUUGAGGACAUCACCUCCAUACACACCAUCUUCAGAAACUGCACCUUCGUUGCAAGUUUGUUCUACAACACAGCGGGGUCCAGUGUCAUAUCUUGUAUCAGCUGUUUCUUCCUGAUGUUCGGCAACAGUGAGUCGGGGAUGAUCGCCCUAUUGUGCCUGUUUGGUGGCAUCAGCAUCGCCUCGUGGAACGCCCUGGAUGUGAUAACGGUGGAGCUCUACCCCUCGGAUAAAAGGACCACAGCGUUUGGCUUCCUGAAUGCCCUCUGUAAGGUGGCGGCCGUCCUGGGCAUCAGCAUCUUCCAGUCAUUCGUCGGCAUCACCAAGGCUGUGCCCAUCAUAUUUGCUGCAGGCGCACUCGCUGCAGGUAGUUUCCUUGCGACAAAGUUGCCUGAAACACGAGGCCAAGUGUUGCAGUAAAACGGAGCACAGCUGGAGUGUGUGUGUUUGACAACUAAGAGCCCGAACAUCCCUGAGAGCUUCAGCGCUGCCCGUCAUACACCAACAGAGCAGACUGCCAUCCCCAUUGUAAGCCCAGAAUCCUUUGAAAUAUGGAUUGCAUCAUUCAGAGUCUAUACGGUGAUUUAAGAGAGGAGCACACAGAUGUAGAAAUAAAUACCUGUGUCAUGAUCACACAACUACAUCUGAACUUUCAGGUUCUAAAAACAUCUUUUUUUCUCGUAAGUGUAACAUGCAAAGGGUGAUGCAGUACAAAUUGUGGUGUGCAUGCAGUGAGGAUAAAAUGUAAAUUUCUGGGAGUUUUCUCUCACCGGCCCACAAAUCUACAAUAUUAAACACAAUUGAGAAGACAGAUAUUGCAAAUGAAGAGAUGAGACUGCAAAAUAUGCCAUUCAUGGGAGAUGGUGAAAAGAUUUAGUCAAUGUAUGGUUGGUUUUUAAAUAUGAAUGCAGUGUUUUUCUUUCUCGUCUGGCCUCAGUAACUGGCUUUCAGUACUGCGUUUUCAUUUGCUGAGUGUACAGUUACCUUUUACAUUUCCAUUCAGGCGGAUAUCUCUGCUUUGCCGAAAAGCUUUUCUCUGAACAGAUCUCAUAAUGAAUUUCAGGGUGAAUAUAUUUUCUCUAAGAACGCCAGUGACCCUCAACCACUGCCUACUGCUGAAGCCAGAUCUGUUUCUACCAAAUAAUAUGAAAACAUUCCAGUGAGGCUUGACUUAUCCAGAAACGGAUAAUGCAUUAUGUCUUUGUCCCCGCAUAAAUCCAGUCUACUCCUCUACUGAACGCCUCAACACAUAGACAGGUGAAGAUGCAUUUCACAGGAUUCUCUCUUGUAAAUGGGAAUAGUUUGAUCCAGCUCCUUAGUGUUCAGUGUUAAACUAAUGUUUCCCCUCGCUGGUGUUGAUCCAUAUACGGCUGUGGCAGUGUGAUGUCUGCAACACAGGGAUCUCUGUGGGACGGAUUUUGGUCAAGUGCGUAGUGUGAGGGCAGAUACUGUUGUGUAAUAUUUGUCUAAAUUAGUCGUGUGAGUGUGCAUGUGUGUCUUUGUUAUGUGAGACAAGAGAAAGUGUCCAUUUCAUGCAUUUCAGUGUAGCCACGUAGACCAUAUCUUGCUGAUCCAACAGCAGAAUGUACGGAACAACGGUCACACAAUUUAAAAAAAAUGAUGUAGCUCAGGUCUGGUGAAAUGUUUAGGCCACGUUUCCAGCUUGUAUUAUGUUUUAGCGCCACGCUACCAAAUUAUUGUGCAUGCAGGAUGGUUUUGUGAUAUUUCUGAUUCAUCCAUCUCGUAUGCAUAGUGUCAGUGUGUGAAAACAAGUCAUUUGAAUAAGUGUGAAAAGUUCAUUCUUGACACCGUAAACAGGGGUUUGACAAAAACGUACCAUCUUUUUGCAGAGCUUGCAACCACAUCUCUUUCUCAGCACUUUGCUUUGUGUUCAUAGAGUGGAAGCUCUAGAAGUUAUUUAUGAAGUUGACCUGGACAUUGUUCUUUUAUCGAUGUCCUUUGGUUGUUUUGACUUUUCCUGUUUGGCCUCAAAACAUACACACAAUGCAGUAUCCUUUCUUAAAAUUGUUUGAUUUGCCCCUUAAAAGUCACGAGAAUUCAUUAUACAUUAUAUUCAUUGUAGCACAAAUCAAAUGGGACCAAAAGAAGAAGAAUCAGUUAAAAAAAGUCAAGUGCAAAUCAUUUGUCUAAUUUCAUGUUAAGGGCUCCUGUUCCUGUCAUUCUUUCGUGCAUCCAUUUGUGCCAGAAAAAGUGAAAAGUUGUCCCUCACUGUGUUCCUGCGUGAUACUGCUGAAUCGAAAAAGUACACAAGAAAAUUUGCCGAUUUUGACUUUGAUCUAAAUUGGAUGCAAUCACUCUCUAAAGGAAAGCUACCAUUAUUUAUACAUAUCACUACUUCGGUAUCAUUUCUCCAAAGGUGUGUAUCAAUAUGUGUGCCGACAAUCAGUGAGUGAGUAUGUGGGUGCUGCUGCUGCCCAGUAGAGUGUGUUGUUUGACCUAAAGACAUCCUCUGGAUUAUGUGUGUGUGUGUGUGUGUGUGUGUGUGUGUAUUUGUGUGUGUUCAGGAUGUUAGAGGCUUUGGCGUUGUCUGUGGGUGAAAAAACACACACUUCAGCAAGAUAGCGGAUAUUAUCUCAGCUAUGGGAGUUUGUCUUACUUCUUGAACUGUAUGCGUCUGUGUGUGUGUGUGGGAUUGAGACUUUAAAAGAAUAAUUUGACAUUUUGAUAAAUACACUUAUUUACUUUAUUGCAGAGAGUCAGAUGAGAAGAUUGAUGCCACUCUCAUGUCUGUGCGUUAAGUAUGGAGUUGAAGCCAGGAGGUGGUUAGCUUAGCUUAGCAUAAAGACUGGAAAAGGAGGGGUUUGCUAGCCUGGAUCUGUUCAAAGGCAACAAAACCGUUGUUUUUGUAAAGAUUAAAAAAAAGAUAUAUUGGUGACCUUUAGAGGUGUUAGUAGGUGGAUUUUGUUACCUUUGGAUUGAGCCAGGCGAACUGUUUCCCUCUAUUUCCAGUCUGUAUGCUAAGCUAACCUUCCCGUUUAGCACACAGGCAUGAAAGCAGUAUGAAUUUGAUCUUGAUGAAGGCCAGAAGGCGAAACAUGUUGGUUUAAACAGUAGAGUUGUUCUGUAUACUACAAGUGCUGCUGGAGUUUUGACCUCUUUAGUUUAACUUUCACGAAAAAAGCAAAUGAGAACUUUUUCUUUAACGCUGUCCAAUCUAGAUUGCAUUCUGAGGAUCAAAUCUUUCCUGUGCAUAUUUAAUGACAAAUGUGUCCCGUCUUGUUCAUGCUGGAGAGACUGUUCAGAUGUGUUGUUCGUGUGUGUGUGUGUGUGUGUGUGUGUAAACUGACUCUAAAUCGUCUGUCCCAUAUUUUUCUACUUUUUUCUGUUGCGAUGUUUUCAUCCCUGUGAUGAAUACAGCUCAGUUGGGGACCACGGAAAUAUAUUUACACAAAGAGAAGAAAAAAAAACAAUAUAUGCAGUGUAUAAUACAAUGUGCUGUUCUUCAUGAUAGACUCGGGUGCUCUUUUGCUGAUACAAUUCCGUCUUUAAAACAAAAUCCCAUCAGAGAUAGCCUGCGGGUUGUUGUCCGAUUAGAAAUACGGAAAAGGAUCACAUCUUAAUUUCACAAAGACAACUUCGCCCUCUAAUCCUUCUGUAUUCAACCAAUUGUGACGCAUGUUUGUAUCGUGUUGUCUGACUUCUUGGACGUCCUGUAUGCCAGCUGUUUUUGUCUAAAGCAAGAACUAGUGUUUUCAUUGUUGUAUGAUGACAGAUUUGUUGCUUGCAGUGAUUGUUCUUAAUCAAAGUGGGGUUAAAAUUUAUGAAACUUGAGUAUGUUUUCUGAAAGUAAGCUAGUAGUAACUGUGUUCCUCCUUUACCUUGGACCCAGGUAACAUUUUUAAUAUAUAUAUAUACACACACCUAAAUUUUAGAGGUAAUUGUGCAUUUCAUCUCGUCACAGAGGUACAAGAAAUGGCCGGGAAAGGGAAAUAUGCUUGAAGAGAGACGGAAAUGUGCAUAAAUGAAGUACAAAAAGUACAAUUUGACAUUGUUUGUCCAUGUGAGUCUGUUUUAAAAGAGGGAAGUGUGAGCAAUAGUGUGGAGGCUUUCCCCAAUUCUGAGUAAACAGGACGUCAGCGUUGAAUCCAAAGGGACCACAGUUUAUCACCUCAUCAAAAGAGCUCCCUCUUAUCAAAUUGAAGCGCCUGUUCAAAAUGUAAAAGUUUACUACUUAAUGUUACUAUGUGUAGAAUUUGCAUUCUAUAUGUAAAAACUAUCUGAAGGGUCACUGGUUUGAGUUUUAUCCAUAAUGAUGGCAGUGAUGCAGGAUGCGUUAGCGAACACCAGCCUGAAGACGUUAACGGUGGCGGUCUGAUAAAGGGAUGGAGGACUUUUUAUGGCAUGGUUUCGGUCUCUACUCUAAGAGCACAUGGAUCAGUUCUGAAUACUGGAAAGAAAAUGGCCGACCCAUGCCAGAAAACAAAUCCCUCAUCGGCAAAGAACUGCAAGAAUCCUUCACUACAGCGUGGACUGAAGGAAUUUAUGUUUACCUUUUUCUUUAGUUUGACUCUGAUCUGUUUAAAUGAUAAAAGUACUCUAAAUGAGAGUUAAAAAAAAAAAAUCAAUGUACUUUGUGUAGAAACUGUAGUCGUUUGUACGUGCAAGUUUGGAAUUUGUGGAACAAAAGAUCAAGGAAAACUAUUCCCAAAAAAAAUGACAAAAAUCUAUUGUGUGUUGUCUGUUUUGUAAAUGAAGACUGGAACUCUUGGUCAAUUCAGUAUUUUUUGUUAUUGAGAAUAUUUUAGUGAUGCUGAAAAGGUGCUGUAUUUAUUUUAUGUGAGAGUUGUUCAUUAUGCUGGGAUUUGCACUUGUGCCAUUUAUCCAGUUCUAUGAAGCAAAUGAUAAAUUAUGGAAAUAAAACUUAAGAAAACCAA